AACAAAUCCCACGCCACGCCGGCCAUUUUGUCGGCUGUCCAUUUUAAAAGCAUCUGUGGUUUGGUAUCAUGUAAACAGAACAAGUUUAAAUACUUGUCCCGCUGACCUGGUUUCAUCCAUUUUCCUCUUCAUACUGCAACUGACCUCCCAUACAGAAUGAGUUGCUGUGGUUGUGGUGAUGAAGACAGUGAUCCAGAACCGCCUCAAAAGGGCACCAAUCAACAACGUAGUUGUACUGACGUGCUAUGGUUGGCAUUUUUUAUUUUAUUUUGGUUGCUCAUGAUAUUGAUUGCUGCAUUUGCUCUGGUGUAUGGAAAUCCUCUACGCUUACGAAAUGGCUAUGACAGCUAUGGUAACACCUGUGGAGUCAAAAAGAAUGAAAAGAUUGGAGACAUUGCUCUCUCAGGAUUGGACACCAGUGAUAAGCCAUAUCUUUUUUAUUUGGAUGUGAAAAAUCUGAAACAAUCCUUACAGAUUUGUGUUAAACAAUGUCCGGAUAGAAAUAUUAAUACCCUCCAAGAUUUGAAAUCCUUUUGGAACAGGACUGGUACAUCUUUGUGCACAUAUGAUUUUGAUUUGCAAAGUGAGCUAAGUGAUGUUAGACUGAAAAUUGCUGAGUCAACAGACUCUUUAACGUACCCUCUUGGCCCAUGUCCCCCUCUUCCAGUUUACAACAGCAUUUCUGUUUUGCAUCGCUGUGUACCACGACCAGUGAAAGAGCUUACAACUCAAAUUAUUGGGGGAAUAUAUAGCUUUCUUAAUGAAUGGGAUACUGUUGAGCAAGUUAUUUCAGAUUUGUAUGAUACAUGGGAAGUAAUACUUGCUCUCUGUGGUCUAGCACUUGUGCUGGCCCUAUUUUUGGUGGCUAUCUUGCAUUUUGUUGCCUCAAUUGUAGCAUAUGUUUUCAUGAUUGCUGUAAGCAUAGCAUGUGUGGUUGGCACUGGAAUUCUUUGGUAUACCUAUGCUGGUAUUAAAUGGAAUCUUGAUAAUACCCCUGAUAGUGAGCUUCUAGACAAGUCAAUCCACAAUGAGAGAGCCAUUCUUGUGUAUUCUAUACUUGCGACAAUUUUCACAGUAAUUAUUUUACUCAUUGUAUGGGCCCUGCGCAAACGUAUUGGGUUUUUAGCCCAACUCUUUAAGGAAUCAAGUGAAUGCUUAAUUGAUAUGCCAUAUUUAUUCAUCCAGCCCUUUGUAACUUUCCUAGCUCUCUUAGCAUUUUUUGCUUUUUGGGUCUCAGUAAUUGUAUGCCUGGCUACAGCAACCUAUCCUGGAUCCAAAUCUCUUGCUCCUAUGUUUGACAAGCCCGAAAUUCAGUCAGCAGUUACAAAUUCUCCACUGUCAACAUCAGCUGAUAACUUAUCCCCUCGUAUUGGCAAUGUCUCUGUGCGGCAGCUCAAAACUCUUAAGUUUGUGGAGUUUAUAGAUGCUACUUGGGUUCGUUAUAUGUGGUGGGUGUAUCUUAUUGGACUAAUUUGGACUUCAGAAUUUAUCUUAGCAUGUCAGCAAAUGGUAAUAGCAGGUGCUGUUGCUAUAUGGUAUUUUGAUGGUGGAAAGAAGAGUAUUGGCUCUCCUGUCUUGACAUCAAUUACCAACUUGGUUAGCUACCAUUUAGGUUCAAUGGCUCUUGGUUCAAUGCUAAUAACAAUUUUGAAAGUUCCUCGUCUUAUCCUCACUUUUAUUUAUGCAAAACUGAAAAACAAUGAAGAAUCAUCAGAGUGUGCCAAGUGUGGAUUGAAGUGUUGCAUUUGCUGCUUUUAUUGCUUAGAAAAAUGUGUACGUUUUAUGAAUCACAAUGCUUACACAGUCAUAGCAAUGCAAGGCAUUAAUUUCUGUUCUGCAGCACGAAGAGCAUUUAGUGUUUUAGUAAGCAAUGCUCUUCAGCUGGCUACGUUGAAUAGUGUUGGAGACUUUAUUCUCUUCCUUGGAAAAUGUUUUGUGACAGCCGUUACUGGAUCCAUAGGAUUGCUCCUCUUAAAACGGGAUGAAAACCUUAAGUUUUAUGCUAUUCCUGUUCUAGUCAUUGCAAUAUUUUCUUUCUUCAUAGCUCAUUGUGUCCUAUCAAUUUAUGAGGUUGUUAUCGAUACACUAUUCCUGUGUAUGUGUGAGGAUCACAAUAUGAAUGGUGAUACUGGUAAUUGGAAAAAGAGCACAGUAGUUGAGCUACAGCAGCAAGCAAUAGCUCAACGCAAUGAACGAUCGGCAGCUGACGGAGAUGUGGGUCAAGAUGAGACUGAUGAACAUACUCAAAACACUAUUGAUGAAGAUGGUGGCCAACCUGCAGAACUGACACCCAUAAAUGAAAUGUAAAAUUACCUGAUAUAUAGGUCUAGGAUCAACUGUAACUGCAGUAUUGUACAUCAUGAUUGAUGUCUAACUUUCACUGUGGGCAGCCGCUCACACUUUGCAUUAUAUGCUUAAUUAAGCUUAAAAGAAGCACUGUCCUGCCCUUAGAUUGCCAGUCUAAGAUCGGUUUCAAAAUGUCAGGGUAAGUCUUUUAUGUUAUUUUCCUUUAGAGGUGCACCCUCAAAUUAUUGAAGAGCUACUGUUAGUAAACAUGGUGACUUUAAUAAGCUAUAUUACUGACCAAAGUGUAGUUUUUUUUAGAAGACUUUUAAUAAAUAUGUCACUGUAUUUUAUUUUAUUUUUUACAUUUGAGAUUAAGAUAAUAUAUUGUGCCCAUAAUUAACUUAAUUGGAAUAUUUGUCAUGUAAAGACUGUCUCUGUUGUAAAUAUGAAUUUAUGACACUUCUUCUUUUGCACACAUUUUUCUGAAGUGUGCUUGAAAUAUGGAAGUGAACCAUAAUUUCAUAUAGUAUUAUGUAUUUAGUUCUAGCUCACAUGCCGUACAUAUUCAUCCUGGAUUAUUAUUUUCAUAAUUAAUUUUCCUCGCAAAAGCACUGAUGUUUAGUGAUGUGAGUGUGUGUGUGGUUGUAACUUUGUCAUUUUUGCUAUGGCUUAGUUAACUUUAAAAUUAAUUUUGUUUUGUAUUAUCUGAUCUUGAGCCAGACUGUUGUACCAUUUUCUGCUUGGAUUUGUCUGUAGACACCAGGGGUACUUUUUGUGCAUGGUAUACUUAACACUUCAGUUUUGAGACAUUUACCUUAAUUCUUCAAAACCCUCCAGUGUAAAUUGUAUGUUUUGUAGUAAUAGUUCAGAUUAAUUACAUGUCACAGCUUAUGAUCUUAAGUCUAGACUUUGACUAUGUAUUCCGUGUUAACCAAUACUUAAUUGCCAGGGCAACUCAGUGGUUGUGAUUUUAUAUAAUUUUAAAUACAGUACAUCCUGCCAUUUGUACUAUUUAUCUUCUAUCUCUUUUGCUUCUUUUCAAAGUUAUAUAUUUUUUACUGAUUUACAAUGAAUUUUCAAUUGAGGAUUGCGCAAUUGAUUGCACAAGGGUAGUGUAAAUCUCGGUAGUUUUCUAACAAGUAGUUAAUGUAAAAAGUGUUACUGAUUGGAAUGAUUGGAACUAAUACUCUCAUGGCAAAUUGGCAGCCAUGUAUAAAAUUUUUAGUAUUAGACUUAUGUUAAUAUGCAUUUUGCACUUGACCUUAUUUGCAUGAUCAACCACAACAGUUUUAAAAUGAAAUUUUUAAUCUAAAAAAUAAAGGCGAACACUUUUUGAAAAUGUU